CUCAAGUUGGGGAUCGCCGGCUGCUCGCUGCCGCGGUCCGCGGUUCCUGCCUGCCCCGGGCCCCGGGUACUGCCGCCGUCCGCCUGGUCCUCACCCUGCGCGAUCGGCUGGAUCGAGUGUGAGCCGAAAGCAGCCCUUCUCCGAGAGGAUCGUCCCCAGCGUGGCUUUGCAUUCGCGGUUACUUUUUGAGGUUUUCCCGGGGGCGCUCGGCGGCUUCCCGGAUUCCGGGGGGACCCGUCGCCCAGCGUGGGGAGCUGGUGCAGCGGGCGAGCCGACAAAGCUCUCAGUCUGAGCCGAGGCUCGCGCGGAAGCACGAACUUAUUCAACAAGUUUACCCCCCUGCUUCUCUCUUUUCGAUGUGCGUUUUCGGACAUGCGGAGGUUACUGGAACCGUGUUGGUGGAUUUUGUUCCUGAAAAUCACCAGUUCCGUGCUCCAUUAUGUGGUGUGCUUCCCCGCACUGACCGAAGGCUAUGUCGGGGCCCUGCAGGAGAAUAGACAAGGCAGCUCAGUGCAGAUUCGCAGGCGCAAGGCUUCUGGGGACCCGUACUGGGCCUACUCAGGUGCAUAUGGUCCUGAGCGCUGGUUCACAUCCAGUGUCAGCUGUGGGGGCCAUCACCAGUCUCCUAUAAACAUUUUAGACCACGAUGCCCAUGUUGGUGAAGAAUAUCAGGAACUCCAACUUGACGGCUUUGACAACGAGUCUUCUAACAAAACCUGGAUGAAAAACACGGGGAAAACAGUUGCCAUCCUUCUGAAAGAUGACUAUUUUGUCAGUGGCGCUGGACUCCCUGGCAGAUUCAAAGCUGAGAAGGUGGAGUUCCACUGGGGCCACAGCAACGGCUCAGCUGGCUCUGAACACAGUGUCAAUGGCCGGAGGUUCCCUGUGGAGAUGCAGAUUUUCUUUUACAAUCCAGAUGACUUUGACAGCUUUCAGACGGCAAUUUCUGAGGACAGAAUAAUUGGAGCCAUGGCCAUAUUUUUUCAAGUCAGUCCGAGGGACAAUUCUGCACUGGAUCCUAUUAUCCACGGGUUGAAGGGUGUCGUCCAUCAUGAGAAGGAGACCUUCCUGGAUCCUUUCAUCCUCCGGGACCUCCUGCCUGCCUCUCUGGGGAGCUACUACCGUUAUACAGGCUCCUUGACCACCCCUCCGUGCAGUGAAAUUGUGGAGUGGAUUGUCUUCCGGAAACCUGUCCCCAUCUCCUACCAUCAGCUUGAAGCUUUUUAUUCCAUCUUCACUACGGAGCAGCAAGACCACGUCAAGUCAGUGGAGUACCUGAGAAAUAACUUCCGACCACUGCAGGCUCUGAAUGACAGAGUGGUGUCCAAGUCAGCGGUCCGCGAUGCCUGGAACCAUGACCCGACAGACUUCUUGGACAACCCACUAGGGACCGAAGCCUCUAAAGUUUGCAGCUCUCCGCCCAUCCACAUGAAGGUGCAGCCUCUGAACCAGACGGCACUACAGGUGUCCUGGAGCCAGCCUGAAACCAUCUACCACCCGCCCAUCAUGAACUACAUGAUCUCCUACAGCUGGACCAAGAACGAGGAUGAGAAGGAGAAGACGUUUACAAAGGACAGCGACAAGGACUUGAAAGCCACCAUUAGCCAUGUCUCACCCGAUAGCCUUUAUCUGUUCCGAGUCCAGGCUGUGUGUCGGAAUGACAUGCGCAGCGACUUCAGUCAGACGAUGCUCUUUCAAGCUAAUACUACCCGAAUAUUCCAAGGGACCAGAAUUGUGAAAACCGGAGUGCCCACAGCCUCUCCUGCCUCUUCAGCAGACAUGGCCCCCAUCAGCUCCGGGUCUUCUACUUGGACAUCUUCUGGCAUCCCCUUCUCAUUUGUUUCCAUGGCAACUGGGAUGGGCCCUUCCUCCAGUGGCAGCCAAGCCACAGUGGCCUCAGUGGUCACCAGCACACUCCUGGCAGGCCUGGGCUUCGGUGGUGGCGGCAUCUCUUCCUUCCCCAGUACUGUGUGGCCCACACGCCUUCCCACUGCAGCGGCGGCUAGCAAGCAGGCAGGGAGGCCAGUCCUAGCCACCACAGAGGCCUUGGCUUCUCCUGGGCCUGACGGUGACUCGGCACCCACCAAGGAUAGCGAGGGUGCUGAGGAGGGAGAGAAGGAUGAGAAAAGUGAGAGCGAGGAUGGAGAGCGGGAGCAUGAGGAGGAGGGAGAGAAGGACUCUGAGAAGAAGGAGAAGGGUGAGGUCACCCACACUGCUGAGGAGAGGAACCGGACAGCACCUGCUCCCAGCCCCUCAUCUCCCCACAGGACUGCAGAGGGAGGUCAUCAGACUAUACCUGGGCACGGGCAGGACCACACUGCCCCCCCAACAGAUCAGCCCAGCCAUGCCGCCCCAGGCCUGGAUGCCCAUGCGGACACAGCCACCCAAGUGCCCCCAACAGCCACAGAGGAACAUUAUUCAGGGAGUGAUCCCAGGAGGCCGGAAAUGCCAUCCAAAAAGCCUAUGUCCCAAGGGGACCGAUUUUCUGAGGACAGCAAAUUUAUCACUGUUAAUCCAGCUGAGAAGAACACCUCUGGAAUGAUAAGCCGGCCCUCUCCCGGAAGGAUGGAGUGGAUCAUCCCUCUGAUUGUGGUCUCAGCCUUGACCUUCGUGUGCCUCAUCCUCCUCAUCGCUGUGCUAGUGUACUGGAGAGGGUGUAACAAAAUAAAGUCCAAGGGCUUUACCAGACGUUUCCAUGAAGUGCCUUCUUCUGGGGAGAGAGGAAAGAAGGGGAGCAGAAAAUGUUUUCAGACUGCUCAUUUCUAUGUGGAAGACAGCAAUUCACCUCGGGUGGUCCCCAAUGAGAGUAUUCCUAUUAUCCCCAUCCCAGAUGACAUGGAAGCCAUCCCUGUCAAACAGUUUGUUAAACACAUCGGUGAGCUCUAUUCUAAUAGCCAGCAUGGGUUCUCUGAGGAUUUUGAGGAAGUCCAGCGCUGUACAGCUGAUAUGAACAUCACUGCAGAACAUUCCAAUCAUCCAGAUAACAAGCACAAAAACAGAUACAUCAACAUUUUAGCAUAUGAUCACAGUAGGGUGAAGUUAAGACCUUUACCAGGAAAAGACUCUAAGCACAGCGACUACAUUAAUGCAAACUAUGUCGAUGGUUACAACAAAGCGAAAGCCUACAUUGCCACCCAGGGACCUUUAAAGUCUACAUUUGAAGAUUUCUGGAGGAUGAUUUGGGAGCAAAAUACAGGGAUCAUCAUCAUGAUUACAAACCUUGUGGAAAAAGGAAGACGAAAAUGUGACCAGUAUUGGCCGACAGAGAACAGUGAGGAAUAUGGGAACAUUAUUGUCACCCUGAAGAGCACAAAAGUACACGCCUGCUAUACCGUUCGUCGUUUUUCAGUCAGAAACACAAAAGUGAAAAAGGGCCAGAAGGGAACUCCCAAGGGCCGUCAGAAUGAGAGGACAGUGAUCCAGUAUCACUACACGCAGUGGCCUGACAUGGGAGUUCCUGAGUACGCCCUCCCAGUCCUGACCUUUGUGAGGAGAUCCUCAGCAGCCCGGAUGCCUGACAUGGGUCCUGUAUUGGUACACUGCAGUGCUGGUGUGGGCAGGACAGGCACCUACAUUGUCAUAGACAGCAUGCUGCAACAGAUCAAAGACAAAAGCACAGUUAAUGUCCUGGGAUUCCUGAAGCAUAUCAGGACACAGCGUAACUACCUCGUCCAGACUGAGGAGCAGUACAUUUUCAUCCACGAUGCCUUGUUGGAAGCCAUUCUUGGGAAGGAGACCGAAGUAUCUUCCAAUCAGCUGCACAGCUAUGUGAACAGCAUCCUCAUACCAGGAGUAGGAGGAAGGACCCGACUGGAAAAGCAGUUCAAGCUGAUCACACAAUGUAAUGCAAAAUCCGUGGAAUGUUUUAGUGCUCAGAAGGAGUGUAACAAAGAAAAGAACAGGAACUCUUCAGUCGUGCCAUCUGAGCGUGCUCGAGUGGGACUUGCACCAUUGCCUGGAAUGAAAGGAACAGAUUACAUUAAUGCUUCUUAUAUCAUGGGCUAUCACAGGAGCAAUGAAUUCAUUAUAACCCAGCAUCCUCUGCCACAUACUACGAAAGAUUUCUGGCGAAUGAUUUGGGAUCAUAAUGCACAGAUCAUUGUCAUGCUGCCAGACAACCAGAGCUUGGCAGAAGAUGAGUUUGUGUACUGGCCAAGUCGAGAAGAAUCCAUGAAUUGUGAGGCCUUUACUGUCACCCUUAUCAGCAAAGACAGACUGUGCCUCUCUAAUGAAGAGCAAAUUAUCAUCCAUGACUUCAUCCUUGAAGCUACACAGGAUGACUAUGUACUGGAAGUUCGGCACUUCCAGUGUCCCAAAUGGCCGAACCCAGAUGCCCCCAUAAGCAGCACUUUUGAGUUGAUCAACGUCAUCAAGGAAGAGGCCUUAACACGGGAUGGCCCCACCAUUGUUCAUGAUGAGUAUGGAGCAGUGUCUGCAGGAAUGCUAUGUGCCCUUACCACCCUGUCCCAGCAGCUGGAGAAUGAAAACGCUGUGGAUGUCUUCCAGGUGGCAAAAAUGAUCAAUCUUAUGAGACCUGGAGUAUUCACAGACAUUGAACAAUACCAGUUUGUUUAUAAAGCAAUGCUCAGCUUGGUCAGCACUAAAGAAAAUGGAAAUGGCCCCAUGACAGUGGACAAAAAUGGUGCUGUGCUAAUUGCAGAUGAAUCAGACCCUGCAGAGAGUAUGGAGUCUCUGGUGUGACUGGAGCCCUGAAAGGGCGCUUCAUUUGUAAACUUCUGAAGACUGAGAACUUUUUUGAGGCCUUUUUUUGCCAGACUCUAGGUUAUACAAUAACCCAGUUACUUUUUUACACUGAUAAAAGUUUUGAUAUUUAUUUUUUGCCAUUUUAUGUCUUAAUGGUAUCCUACUGAACAUUUGCACCUCUGUUCAUUUCACACAGUGAAACGCAACUUUACCUAGUUUGCACUAUAUGAUCAGUGUUACUGCCUAUAAUCCAGUACUAAAGCAAACCCUGAUAUGACAUUCCAUGGCAGCAUCCGUGCUACUUUUGAGUUUAGUGCAGUGAAGGUCUUUGUUAUGACAGUGACUCUUGGUUUUAUUAUUACUCUAAAGCAGUUGCAUUCUACCAGCGGGCAAUGCUGUAUGUCUCUCAGCCCUCCCCUCUGUUCUUAGGCACUGCUCAAUACUAUAAUGCCUUGUGUAUUUUACUGGAGUGGAUGGGCAUUGUUUCCCUUUACAUAACAGCAGGUACUGGGAGCUACUAAGAAAGUCUGUUAACAUCAGGGCCUUGAAGCAGCUCCAUUUGUGAUGGUUAAGAAAUCCAUUGAGCAAUUAAGAGGGCUUUAAGAGUUGCUUCAUGUGAACAUCUCUUAUUAGUUACCAACUUAUAUUCAUAUCUUUAAAAAUGUGUCAAAAUAAAGAAUAAUUCUGUAUUACAGAUUUCACAGUAGCUAUGUGAACAGUGUGUGUUAUUUCCACUUUGACUCUCUGAAGCAACUACACCCCAAAUCAGGGCUGUCCUUUACAAAAGAACGAUGGCAGUGGUUCAUACAACUCGGCUACGACACAGUGCUGUACUUCACAGUAGGUAGAACAACACCACAAAACUGCAGGUUUUUAAUUUUAAAUCUAGUCUUCAAAAAAAUUCCCUACUACUCAUAUAGUAAUCCAAUAAAAACUACCUAUAUAGUUAGCAUUCUUUUCUUUCCUUUUUUGCCAAAUGUUUCAUAAUCAAUCUCUUAAUUACAUGCAUUCUCUAUUUAAGAUUGAAUUGAAAAUACCAUAUUAGCAAGUCUUGAGACAUCAAAAUUCCUACGUAUGUACCAACCUUACUGGUUGAAUCUUGAAAGAAAAAAUUCAGUUCUUGAAUGAAAGGUGACAUCUCCAUUUUCAAGUAGUUUUUAAGAGGAGAAUUUUGGAUCCCCAUGGAGAGAGGCAUAUCAGUAAAAGAUGGCCACAGUCAUUAGAGAGCUCCAGGUCCAACCUGUGGAGCUGCUUUCAGCCCAUUGCACAUAAUGGAGAAACUGGAAGUACCGUUAAGAAAAAUUUCAUUUGAGCUUAUCUUAAAAAAGAAGAAAAGAAGCUACUCACUGAGAUCUGCAUCUUUCUUUACAUGUUUGUUUUCGAAGGCCAACUUCUGUCAGAUCUGAGAUCAUCACCCAAAACUGGGCCUAUGAAGAACAGGGUUUGGUUUAUGAUUUAUGCCAAUAAGCUUCAACAUAAAGGCCUGCUAAUUAUUAUCAGUCUUUCUGGGUAGCAUGAGCUGCUUAGCAGAAACUAAUCAGGGUAGUCCUGGACAACCAGCAUUGCUAAGGGGAGAGGGUCUACCAGCCAAGUCCAGAGGCUUCAAUGCAGUGGCUAAGUCAAUAGAGUCCUGAACAUAAUUUGUCCAGGUUAAUUUCAUCUUUUCAUUCAACCACAUGGACUGUUCUGCCGUUCAAGAACUAAGUAGGCUAGUGUUCCAAAAUAGCGAUCAGGUGAGCAGAGUGCUAAGGUGUCUGUGCUAAAUCGGCACACUUGAGCCCAUCUCCCAACCCUCCACCAGAAGUGGCACCCAGCCCAAUCCAAGGCAGACCUGAAACAUAAGAAAUAUCACCAUUGCUGGAGGCUGAGGGGAGUAA